AUGUUUUCUUCUACCUACCCGCCGACCUCUGCUGAACCCUCAUCUCUUGUUUGCUUUGUCCUCGCUCUUCAGAUUUCUCAAGGUCAGGGAGCCGUGGAUUUCCGCUUCUUCGUUCGCAGUAUGAUCCGGCAUGCUGACCUGGUCUCGAAGGCUGCCUCCUUCGAGUACCUACGUUCAGAGGCGGAGCGCACCCUCCUUGAGGCCAUGGAUGCCCUCGAAGUGGCCUUCACCCACCCCAAGGCCGGUUUCACAACGGGCAACCACAUCUUCUUUAACUUCGCUCCAACCCUGCUGUUGGAAGACAUGCGUCAACUGCAGCUCACUGUACGUCGUACAGUCGUGCGCUAUGCCACGCGUCUCGUCAAGCUGCGGGUGAGCCACGCGGAGCUGAAGAUGGUUGUGCGUCUGCGCAAGAACGGUCCCCGCAUACCCAUUCGCCUGUUUAUCGCCAAU